UAUCGCUGUCGUUCGCUUCAUUUCAGUUCACCGUUUUGUUUUAUUUUUAGGCCCCCACUCGAGCAGUAAAAUCAUUAUCCCUUCCAUCGCAACCGAUACAUUGUUCUAGCUUGGACAGCGAGCAAAUAGCAAAGUACUCUAGCAGUGUCCACUGGUCAAACAACACCGAGUGUUCGAGCCGGCCUGCCCAUACCAGCCAGACAAGAGAGUACAUAAGAACCGUGUGAUCUCAACCGGAAUCUCACAGCCACCUGGAACGUGUCCCACCUUGGAAGAUGAUUUCCGCUCGGGCGCUGCAUUAUGUGUUUAAGAUUGGUAACCGGGCGAAGAACAUUCACUUCUUCCGCGAAAUACUCGGCAUGAAGGUACUACGUCACGAAGAGUUUACGGAAGGUUGUGAUGCCGCCUGCAAUGGACCGUAUGAUAAUCGAUGGAGUAAAACGAUGAUCGGUUACGGACCGGAAGCGUCCCACUUCGUGAUCGAGCUCACGUACAACUAUGGCGUAAAGGAGUACACACUGGGAAAUGAUUUUGCCGGACUAACGAUUGCGUCUCCGGACAUUGUGGAGCGUGCCCGUGCGCAUGGGUAUCCGGUAGAGCAAGGUGGUGCUGACCAACCGUCACUACUCCGUUCACCGGACGGUUACCGGGUGUUUGUGGUGCCGGAAGCAACCACGGCGGAUCCGGUGAAGCGUGUCGCACUGAAUGUGACGGAUCUGGUCAAAUCGCGCCACUACUGGGCCGACACACUUGCGAUGGUACCGGUCGGAACCGACGCGUCACCGAAUCGGCUUGAUCUUUCGUACGAUCAAGGUAAGUUUGUGCUGGAAUUACGGCAGCUGAACGCCGGUCAAGCACUGGACCGUGCAAAAGCGUAUGGACGGAUUGCCUUUGCUGUGCCGUACGAUGUGCAGCCACGGAUCGAUGAGCUAAUUCAGCAGGCUAAUGGCACCAUACUGACGCCAUUAAUCACACUCGACACACCCGGCAAAGCGACGGUGCGCGUUAUCAUUCUCGCCGAUCCGGACGGGCACGAAAUAUGCUUCGUCGACGAGGAGGGCUUUACCGCCCUGUCCGCACUCGAUCCCGCCAGCAAUGCGGCGCUGGAUAAGUACAUCGCGAAGGAUCCGUUCCAGGGGCAGUAAAACCCCGCGUCCAUCACAUUCCCAAACACAUCACAAACGGGCAGAGGUCAAUCGUUACGGAACGUCCAUUCGCGUCGGUAAAUAAGGAAUGCAUUAAUGAAUCGUUACGGUGACCGUAUAAGAAACGGGACAAUUUGUUGGUAAUAAAUUGAAAGAUUAAACAUCAGCGUAUAAAUGUCUCGCUUACGAGUGCAGAUUGCAUGCUGCGUGACUCCCCAUUAACAAGGUUGAAUGCAAUUAUCAUUACAUGAAAUGGCAAAAAUAAAAAAACAAAACAUUCACUAUCUCACGCAAAGGAAGGUCAUCAAGAUCAUGUGUGCGAGUGUAUAGGAAUGUGUCGCAUCAUUCCGACACGCGAAACGAGUCAGACAGCGUGCAUUUUUAGCUGUGCUAGUUCUAUUUUUUCCUCAAUCAAAUUGUGCGUGCGUGCAGUUGCAGAUUCACGAUGUGUGAGAGAAAAAAAUAAAACAAAACCAGCAAGCAGUCAAUGGCCGGAUGCAUGUUGCCAAUUGGCAAUUAGUUACCGAUCGACAGUGCGUUGGUGCAGUUCGAAUUUUG